AUGACAACGACAACGAAACCCAGCAUCACCAUCGACCUCUCGCGCAAGCAACCUCCGACGCGAGAUCACCCUGACUCUGCUGCCGCGGUCAAGGGGCACCUCCCUCCUGCCAAAUCCACAAAGACGCAUCCGGUGCAAUCUUCGACCGGCCAAAACAACAAUGCAAGCCUCUUCUUCGUCGGCACGGCGACCACGAUCCUCGAAUGGCAGGGUCUACGCCUCAUGACGGACCCCAAUUUCUUACACCGGGGAGGCCACGUCCACCUGGGCCCCGGCGUGCGCGGCACCCGCAGGACCGACCCCGCCGUCGACCUCCACGACCUGCCCAACAUCGACCUCGUGCUCCUGUCGCACUACCACGCCGACCACUUUGACCAGGAAGUCGAGGCCUCGCUCCGCCGAGACCUGCCCAUCAUAACGACGCCCCACGCCCGUCACCACCUCGGCGGCAGCACCAAGGCGCCCGGCGAGUCCUUCACGGCCGUCCGCGCCCUCGACGCGUGGGAGGACAUGUUUGUCGAUUUCGCCGCCGCUGACGCCGCGUCGUCGUCACCGCCCCUUGCCCAUGAGCCACGCAUCCACGUCACGGGCAUGCCCGGCAAACACGUCGGCGACGGUCUCCUGGCCAAGGCCAACGACAUACUAGGUGCGGUCCCACCUACCAAUGGUUGGAUGCUCGAAUUGGGUUAUUCUUCGUCGUCUUCGUCCUUCGAAUGUGGCUACAGGAUCUACAUCUCAGGUGACACCUUGUACGUCAGUGACCUCGAAAGGAUCCCACAACUUUACACUCACGCCGGCAAACCCAUCGACCUGAUGCUCAUUCACCUCGGAGGCACCACCCUUCCGGGCCCUCACCUGCCUUUGAUCAUGGUCACCAUGGACGCCAAACAAGGCAUUCAACUCGUCAAGUUGAUCCAACCGGACUUGACGAUACCCAUACAUUAUGAUGACUAUGACGUCUUUCUGUCCCCCCUCGAUGAUUUCAAGGCCGAAAUCACAAAGGCUGGAUUGGACGAGAAAGUCGUCUACCUUGACCGCGGUGAUCGGUUUGACUUUCGAGUUCGAUCACCAUCACCGACUGAGCCCAAGACUACUUAGGUAGUAAGCAACCGGUACCAUUCGGUCGAGAAUAUGAACUUCUUCACGGGGGAGAAAAGGGUUCUGAAGGGGAGAGAGAGGGAGAUGUAUUGCAACUUACCUGGAGUUGACGCACAACUACGCCUUUGGUCCAAGGUUGUUAUUUCGUUCUGGUCCCCCCUUUGAAGAAGGGGGGACGUUUGUAAAAGUACUCCGUAAAGGAGCCCCCCAGGUAGUUGUUGGACCGAAGCGAAAAAAUCACAAACGCAAACACAAAUGAUAUGUCCCUUUUCCACA